AUAUCUUUUCUCAGCUACUUCAGGCAUGGUUAAAAUAAGCAGACCUAAUAGUCCAUUGUGUUCAUUUAUUCCCAUACUCACGUUCAGAAACAAACUUCGUUCUUUGCCAUUUUGUGUCCGUUCGCUGUGUCCAAGCACUUUUAGGUUUAGGCUGCUUGUCUUGUGAGCGGAAUGUUUAGACAUGCGUCGUGUUGGUUUUACGUCGUUGUAAGAACUCUACUGCAGUUUUUAUGAACGACACGUUUAUGAACAAUCAAAUGGUCCUCGUAAAAAUUUAUUGAAGGACAUAAAAACAUGCACGGUCACUUGCCGAAUAUAGCCGCUGCAGUGGGCAAGUUUUCAAGCGUCUUACGAUUCCCACCCCUCCGGUUUUAAAAUUCCAUUUUACGAGCAAGAUCCCACUUAUGUUUAUUUGCAUAACCCACGAGUCUAGUGAGCUUUUUUUCGCCGCGUAACAAAUGUCACAACAUCCAUUCGAUUUUACAAAUACAGCUGUUGAUCUGAGCCUAAACAAAAGCAAAGUGCGUAUUUAAGAAAAAUAAGUCCACCAUACAUUAUUAAAUUUGCCAAGGAAAAAAACAUAUCCUCAAUGUGCAGUUUAUAAUAUUGUAUUAUACUGCCAAAGAUGAGCAUUAGCCUGACAGAGCAAACUGACUUAGCUCAGACGGAGAUUAAUUACAUCAACAAAUAGUACCUUAGACAGGGCUGACAACGUUCCUCAUUCUGCGAAAUGACGAUACAGAAUUCUUAAUGUUUUCAUUUACAAAACAGUAGAAAAACAUAAUUGUCCCAUUAUUUUACGACCAGCUCAUUCAUAUAAAAGAGAAAAACCUUUCAGAAAACCGUUCUGAAAUCCAUUGAAGUGCACUGCUAGGAAGACUCGCGCAUUGAUCCACUGUGUAAUUUUUUGGGGGCAAAUAUAAUCACGUGUCACAGACGCAGCCAAUAGCAGCUAGAGAGGCUUGGAGAAAUAAUUACCUGGCUUGAUUGUUCUAUGGGCAGAUAAAAAACUACACAUACACUCCAUAUAAUAAUCAGAUGCAUGUAAAAGAGAGGGGGACUUCGUCAUGUCGACCACUGGUCCCAUAAGUAAUUAUUAUGUGGAUUCCUUGAUAAACCAUGAAAGCGAGGACGUUCUGGCGACAAGAUUCUCCACUCCCGGAUCGCUUCCUCCAGGAUCUCGUUCGACGCCCCUCGUACCGGACUGUGCUGAUUUUCCCAGCUGCAGCUUUGCACCGAAACCUCCCGUCUUCACCAACUCGUGGGGCCCAGUGCACUCUCAGUCUUCAGUGGUCUACCAUCCGUACACCCACCAGCCUCAUUUAGCAACGGACUCCAGGUAUGUGCGCUCCUGGUUAGAGCCUAUCUCCGCCGCCGUGUCCUUCCCCGGCUACCCGGCAAACAGUAGACACUACGGACUGAAACCCGACGCCUUCCCGGAGCGUAGAGCGAGUGAUUGCCUGGGCUCCAGCGGACGCAGCUAUUCGGAUUAUCUCUAUGGCUCCUCCGCAGACAUCCGAGAUAAGACCCAGCAGAACAUCCCCUCUCCUGAGUCUGAGGUUUUGGCUUCCGGAAAGCACAAAGACGACAAGCCAGAACUAGACCCGAAUAACCCAGUGGCGAACUGGAUCCAUGCGCGCUCCACCAGGAAGAAGCGGUGUCCGUACACCAAAUACCAGACUCUCGAACUGGAAAAGGAGUUUCUGUUUAACAUGUACCUGACCAGGGACCGUCGAUACGAGGUUGCCCGGGUUCUAAAUUUAACAGAGCGGCAGGUUAAAAUCUGGUUUCAGAACAGGCGGAUGAAGAUGAAGAAAAUGAACAAGGAAAAGAAUGACAGCAAAGAACAGUAACGCGCAAAAGAGCUGUGUUCUCUACAAGGACAGAAAAAACCACAUCAGUGAACACCCCCAGCCCCUUAGAACCGCACACAUUAACAAAGACUGCGAGAGGCUAUCUGUGUGUUUUUCUUUUUCAUGUCUUUAAACGUUGAUUUUCCCUGUUGUGUCGUACUUUAUUUCAUCCAACAUUCAGUAAGAGCUAUAGUAAAAUUUCAUUAUGCAGCUACUUUGAAAGGACAGCGGUUUUCCACCUGAUUUGGUGGAAAAAUACUGAACAGAUGGGAAAACUGUUCUGAAGUAUGAGCGAGAUAGUACUUGAAAUUUUAUUUUGUUAUUUCUUUUAAUUCGUAAUUUAUGACGUUUAUGUAUGUGCCUAUAUUUUUCCUGCUGUUUCUUAUGCACAUGUAAACGUUGCAUAUUUUGUAUAGAAAGGGGACUGCCACAGCAUCUGUAGUUAUAAAGUCUGGAACGUUUUUCUGUGCGUCUUUGUGGUAGGCCUUCUCUCGUAGUUUAUGGUGUACCUGUUCGUGUAUUUUACUUUAUUUUGAUUAGCCUGUGAUGUUAUGUUCUAAUGUAGGUCGUCGUAUAUUUAAAUAUACCCCUUGUCACCAUAG